AUGCAAUUAGCAUCUACAAAUUUAUAUACAAUAAACCCAGGAGCUAUUAACCUUAAUGUUCGUAUUAUUUGUUCAGAUUGUAAGGAAGAUCCUCCAAAUCUAGUUGAGGAAUUUUCAUCAGGUGAUACAGUCUGCGGCUCCUGUGGACUUGUUGUUGGAGAUAGAAUUGUAGAUACACGAUCAGAAUGGAGAACGUUUGCUAAUGAUGAGGGUGGUGAUAAUCAAUCUAGAGUAGGUACAUCGGCAAAUCCAUUGUUAAAUGGAUCUCAGUUGGAUACAAUUAUAUCUACCCAGGAUGGAGGACAUGGACUUUCAAAGACCCAAGGAAGAUCUGUGGCUCAGAAAGGUGAAAAGAAUUUAGUUUCUGCAUAUCGAGAAAUUAGUGCAAUGUGUGAUGCUAUACACUUGCCGAAAUCUAUUUCUGAUAUUGCAAAACAAGUUUUUAAAAAAGUGGAUGAUAGUAAGGCAUUAAAAGGGAGAAGCAAUGAAUCUAUUAUAUCUGCAUGUAUUUUUAUUGCAUGUCGUCAAGGAAAGGCACCAAGAACGUUCAAAGAGAUAUGUGCAUUAACUAAUGUUCCUAAAAAAGAAAUUGGGCGUGUUUUUAAGAGUCUUCAAAAGAUGUUAACAGAUGACAACCUUUUAUCUUCUAAUGCUGGACAAGGAGAUGAUUCGUACAUACCUUCUUCUACAUCUCCUAAAGAUCUUAUGAUUCGUUUCUGCAAUAGAUUAUCGCUACCUACAUCGGUUCAAAUAGCGGCUUCCGAAUUAGCGAAUCGCGCAAGUGCGGAAGGUACGCUUGCUGGGCGUUCUCCUAUUUCUAUUGCAGCUAGUGGUAUAUAUAUGGCAUCAUAUUUAUUUCAACAUCCCAAAUUACCAAGAGAAAUAGCAGAAGUUGUUGGUGUAAGCGAUUCUACAAUAAGAAAUGCAUAUAAAUCUUUAUAUCUAGAACGAGAAAAAUUAAUUGAUCCAAAAUGGUUAAAUGGUAAAUCUAUGGAUAUGAUACUUCCACGACCUUGA